AUAUUAUUUUUAUUGAUGGCAAAUAUAAUUUAUUUAAAUGAAGUCUUAUAAAUAUUUGUACACCUAAAGAAAGUAGUUUACACACAAUUGUUAAAAUAAUUUCUAAGCUUAUCCAAGGCCUUGAACCUAUGUGAUAUUUUAUUUUUUUCCGGUUUGGGCAUUUCAGCAUAAGUUAAAUUGUAGCCUUUUGGUUGAAAACAAGCAUCCCAUCCGAAUUCCCUUGUCCCUCUAGGGCUAACAAUUUCGCCCUCGGUCCUACCCUGGAAUAAUACAACUUUGUCCCCAUUUUCGUCCGAAUGGUAAGCAAAAGUGCAAACAGCUUCAGCUGACUUGUCUUCAUACCCUGUUAGCAAGGUAUACAGUCCUUCAGGCCCCAACUUUUCUAAAAACCAUUUAACAUAAGGACCUGGCAAACCUUUUAAAGCGUUAAAACACAAACAGGUGUCUUCGACUAAAACGGGGCCUCCAACUGCUUUGAAGGCUUCGCUGGCUUUUUUCGUACAGAUAUCUUCGAUUUCGCCUUGAAGUUCCGUCGGUUGCCAUAUUGUCCCCCCGUAACCAAAAACAUUUCAGAAAAUAUUCAAAAUUCCUCAAAAUAGUAAAUUUAUGAAUCAAAUAGCAACAAAUAAUAGUGCGGCAAAUUAAAUUAAAGUGGAAAAUGCAAAAUGGAAACUGAAACAUCUAGAUUAAUUGAGGAUGUUAAAUGGGAGCCCCUUUCUUUAACCCUAGUGGAAUACCCCAAAGGUGAUAUUAUAGGAAAAUUUCUAGCUCUUAUAAGCUUGGCACCCUUCGGUAUAGGUGCAGGCUUUGUAGCUCUGAUAUUAUUCAGACGAGAUUUACAUACGAUAACUUUCUUUUUGGGCACUAUUUGCUCAGAAGCCCUUAAUUACGCUCUCAAACAUUUGAUAUGUGAAAAGAGGCCAAUGCAUAGGGAAGAUGUCCAUGUUGAGUAUGGAAUGCCCUCUUCACAUGCUCAAUUCAUGUCUUUUUUCGCCACUUAUAUUGUUUAUUUUGUGUUUAUUAGAUUGUACCAUAUGAAUAACAACACGAUAAUUGAAAACAUUUCCAAAUUCCUUAUUAUUUCGUCAUCGAUGGUUGUGGCGCUGCUAGUUUGUGUUAGCCGGAUUUAUUUGCAAUAUCACACAGUGUCACAAGUGUUUUGGGGCAUUGUGGUUGGGAUUUUGUUUGCGACUUUUUGGUUCGCGCUCACUUCUUUGGUGUUUACGCCGUUGUUUCCUCAAAUAGUGAUGUGGAGAAUAUCAGAAAUUCUGAUGAUUAGAGACACCACUCUGAUACCGAACGUCUUAUGGUUCGAAUACACCAACACCAGACAAGAGGCUCGAGCGAGGAGCCGGAAACUGGUCAGUCUCAAGUCCCAAUGACAUUUGCUGGACUCUAGUUUCAAUUUCGCUUUACCAAGAGGCGUCGUCAGGUGUCUCCGGAUAUUAUUGCCUUGGAGACGAAAGUAUUGAAGGUAAUUGUUUUUGAUAUUAUUCAAUAAAUGAUUAAUUUUUGUGCUAUGAUUGAGAGACUGAUGAGUGAAAUUGGAAUUAUUGUGUUUGUGUGGAAAAUUAUUAAAAUUUAAAAUUAUGCCAAUCCAAGGAGUUCAUACUUUUGACAUAAUUUGCCUUCCUUUUUUAACAAAUAGAAAUUGACUGAAACAAAUCAACGACGUCAAAAAUGUUCGUCGGUUCUUAAACCAGAAUUCAUUAAUUUUAAUUUGUUAAAAAAAUUGAAUGUGUCAUACAAAUUAAUCUACGACAAGUUAUGACGUCUUUGAUGUCAAAAGUAUGAACCUUCAUGAAAUAAAGUGUAGAUACUAGCUGACGUCAUACACAUGAAAUGUUUGUCCCCUUAUCCAAAGUGACGUUACGUCAUUGCUGACAAGUUAGCACCUGUGUGUAUGAAUAGUCCUUGAAACCCUUUGUUUGUCUCCCCAACAAAAGUGAGGUUAUUUGUGUGACGUCAGCUAGUGGCUAAAUAGCAUUGAAAACAAUUUUUAUAUUUUAGACACUUGUUUUGUUUUUUUAGUAUAUUCAUUAUUAUUGGUUUAUUUAAACAAAGAAAAAUUGCAUUUAGAACAUUUUUUUUCCCAUUAUUAAUAUGAUAUUAUCUAAAAAAUGUAAAUAAUUUUUCCCAAUUAAUCGAGGCUAUAGCUUUAUUCCAACUGACAUGAGAACCGUUCCAAAACCAGUAAUUUCCAGUUGCCCACCUAUUUUUUCAAUAAGUUAAACGUUUAUAUCUACUUGACAAAUGAAUUUAUCAACUGGAAAUUAUCGUCGGUUGGAACAGAACUUAUGAAAACUGUAAUUAUUUAUUUUGAAAAAAUAAUUAUUUUUGAACUUAGUUCACUUUUUAAUUCUUUAUUCCUCGCACUUGUUACAAUUAUAAGCAAUUUAUUUAUUUUUGCUUUAGAGUUUAUCUUUAUUUUUAAUUGAUUUAUAUGGAUUGUUUAAUUUAAUUUAAAAUUGUAUCUGAUUUUGCUAGAAAAAUUAUUAUUGGUGUGAAGUUAACAGCCAAAGCCUACUUUGAUCAUCAAAAAAUAAGUUUUGAAAUAUUUUCAUCUUUGUCUAAUACAUUUGAAAUGACAAAGAUAAAAGAUAAAAAUAAAAUAGGCAAACUCAUUUUUCAAUUUUUUUUUUUCACAAUCCUUUUUUUUUAAUUCGAGUUUUUACUUAAUUUCAAUGGAAUUAAUAGCAUUAUGAGCUUUAAAGAAAAAAAAGUUUUUUGAAAUAUAUUUAUCCUUGUCUAAUGCGUUUGAAACAAUAAAGAGAAAAAAAUGGCAUCAAGUUUUGAUGUUUUUGAAAAAAUAAACAAAUACGCUAUUCAAUAUUCGUCUCUGUCUAGCACAUUAUUUGGAACGAUAAAGACAAAAAACAACAUAAAUUUUAAUUUAUUAUUUAAAAACAAAUCUAUAAUCUUUGUUAAAUUAAUUUAAAAUGAUAAAGAAAACAAGUACCACCAAUUUUCCAAAGCCUACUUCGAUCAUCAAACAAUUAUUUUUGAAAUAUUUUCAUCUUUGUCUAAUGCAUUUGGAACGACAAAGAAAAAAGAUAAAAAUGAAUUGCUGUUCACUUUACACUGCAAAAAUUAUUUAUUCAAAUUUAAAUAAAAUACACUCAAAUCCCUAAAAGUUUCAAAUUAAAAAAUCCAUAUAAGCUUGUUGUUUCUGAAACCUUUUUAAAUACAAUUUAUUUAUUAACUCCCCACUCAGAUAAUAUUUAUUUCCAAGAUAAAAUCGAUUUCAAUCAGCCCUAUAAACGUGCUAAACCAUUCAUAAAUGGCCAAAAUUAAAACUUGGCUGUUUCACUUUCCACGUUUAUAGGGUAGUUUCGAAACAAUUUAAUUUAUUAAUAUUAAGAAAAACGCACAAAAAAAAAAAUCUUUUGACUUUAGUAAAGAGAGAGAGCUACCACAGAUGACAAAACUGUAGAUUAAUUGUUAGAUUAGCCUGUUUUUCAUUUAAUUCAUAAUUAAUUAUUGACUGACUUUUGACAGGCCGAUAACUGUGGCAGCUGCAAUAAAUAAAUUUUAGGAUAAACAAUUUUUUGUAAGUGUUAAAAAAUAAAACUCUUGUAAGAUUUUUCGUAUUUUUAAGUAGUGGUUUUAUUUGUCCUCUGUGUCUUCUUCGCUCUCACUAAUGUCACUUUCGUUGCCGUCAUCUGUCAUUUCGGCCGGUGAUUUAAAGAGUUUCCUUAGUUUUCUUCGAAGUUUCUUUAGGUCUUCACUACUCGAGGAAUUUUCGUCUUCCUCUACUAUUGUGGAGAAAUCAAU